AACAAAAUCCCAUAGCUCACAAGAAAAUAGUCUCUGGCGUGUAAAGAUAUUUAAUUAAUUUAAAUAAAAGAUUUUUGUUUAAAUAUGUCUGAAAACUCUGCUGAAGGCGCCGUUGGAGGCGAUGUUAAUAACAAUGGCACCGAGGUGGAGGAGCAAGUGGAACAACCAGCUGCACAGCCACAAAAUGAGCUUCUCGAUAUGGUAUUCACAUUGGAGAGCGAGAAACAAGCGUUGCUAGAGGAGUCUCGCAAAAGAAUCGGUGCUCUGCGUAAAGAUUUUGAGGAAGCGCGUUGUGAGAAUGAAAGGCUAAAGAAGCGGGUGUCCAAUUUGGAGCAGUCUCUCAAACAGUCGGUGAUGCUGGGUGGCGUGGAUGCGCCCAAAUCACGUCAAGAGCAGGAUGAAUUGCUACUCAAAGCCAAAACGCUGCUCUUCGAGAAGACCAAAGUGAACAAACAGCAGGAACAACAGAUUGCUGUGCUUAAGGAGCAAGUCGAUUCCAUCAAAGAAGUGCUGCAGGUUACCAAAGACAUGUUGCAGUUGAAGACCACAGAAUGCGAGCACACGGAGGCACGGCUGGAGAAGAGUCAGCUCUGGAUUAAGGCCGAGCAAGACAAGUGUUUGUUGACCGAAAAGAAGCUGCUCAUCUCGAAGGCUGUGUACGAUAAGCUGCGAGCGGAAUACGACACACAGUCCAAGAUAUUUAAGGAUCUAAAAUCCGCCUAUGAACAAAAGUUGAAGGUGCUGAGCAUCGCAUUGGAGGAGGCCAAGAAAUAGUUGAACAUUUUAAUAAACUACAUAAUGUUAA